AUGCCCAUCAUCGACAAAGAUGUGCCCCAGACCAUCUCGAUCCCUUCAGCCACGCUGCGCAAAUUUACGGGAUCUCGAGUCGACCCCUACACCCGCUACGUUGCUUACAGGCUCUUCCGAGACCUGAACAUCUCGGUCCAGGGCCAGAGAAACAUCAACAAUGCGCUCAGCAAUCUCCCGGUCCAUGUGACCGUCGCACCGGGCGAGAAACUGUCCUUCGGCUGGGGUCUGUCGAAUGUCAUUCGUGACCAGGCCGUCCACGAGGGCUCCUAUGAGCAUCUUGCCAUGAUGAUCGCGUUGGGAGAGAGCUUCCAUGAACCUUACGGCGCCAGAGUCCUGAUGGCCAUGGCCAAUGCGGCGGCAGGCCCCGAGGAUAUGACACCCCAUUUCAGUCAAUGGCAGGCCGCGCUUCACGGAUGCAACGGCAUAUUCGCUACGUCGGAUUUUGGACUGCUGGUCGAGGACUAUCUUCAAAUCGACCCCUAUCCCAUCGUCUAUCCCGUGUCGCAGGUCAAGAGCAUCGACACCAUCUUCCCACCGAGCAUGAUCGCCCAGGCGCUGCAGGCGCUGAUGCGCGUCACAAAGGGAGAAGCGAAGCAUGUCACGCUCAUAGGCAGCGGCAUCAUAUCGUGGUUUGCGGCAAUCGCUGAAUGGCUGUGCGAUCUGCGGAUAGUCGUCUAUCAGAAGGACGGGAAAGAGCUGCGCGCUACUCACCCAGAUCAAGAGCCCCAGCUCACGCUGGUGUUCGUACCGGAAGCCGGCAUUAAAGCAUCCUUCGACCCAUGGAAGCCCACGGGACCUGCCGUCGAAGAAUUGUCUCUGAUCGACCGGACCUACUCGGCGACUCUCCAUACCACGAGGUUUGGAGGUCGGGUUGCGUGGCAGUCACUGCUUCCGCGAGUGUUUGGCAAGAGCUUCCAUCAUCUCGACCAUGACCAGUCCAAAGCCUUCGGGACAAUGAUCGGCAGCGCGGCACGGAUGUUUGAGGGUUUGGCACAUGGCAAAGGACACGAGGAGCACGGGCAACUGGUGUCGGUGCAAAACCAGAGCAAUACCGCGUCGUACGGCGCCGGUCUCAUCGAAACCAUCACAAACUGGCUUCCCGAACUGCGCAGAUUCCAGGGUCGCAUGGAGCGUUCGUUGAAGCUGUCUCACGAAGAUGCCUCAGCCUCGUACGUGGACAACCUGACCAAGAUCAGGAAGGCCUGCCACUGCGGCAUUUGCACGUCCAAGGACGAGGUGGAAAAGGACAAGGAGGGUCUUCCGCCCGACCACGGGUACUGUCUGGCGGUCUUGGUUGAGACGGUGAUUUCGCUGGGUCUGGCUCUUGCUCGGAUGGCGGUGUCGGCUCAUCUGUACCCCACCAGAUCGGGCAUCUACAGCUUCUAUCAAAGUCAGGUGGCCCGGAGAAUGGAGGCUCGUGGCUUGCACUGGACGAUGCAUUUCAAACUCGUGUAUGGCAACGUGUGGAACGCCCCUGACGCCGUGCGGCUGCAGAAUUCGGUGCAAAUUUUCGCCGGGUCGAGGCCGCAGAAGGACCUGCCCGACAACUUGGUCGCGCUCUCACACGAGGGAUGUUGCGCAUAUUUCAUGGAUUUGGAAAAGAGAAUGAAGUCUUCGUCAGAUUGUCCCCAGGUCAGGCUGAUCCGAGUGGUGCCUGGGGGAAUCAACGUGGGCGAGAAGGUGUUUGACAGGGCGUGUAUGGGACCUGUGGAGGGUGCCGACCCAGACGAUCCAUGGGAAGACAUCGCAUACGAGCAUCUCCCCGAGCCUCUCUUCUUCAAAUGA